GAAAAUAAUAAUAAUAAUUGGCCUUCGAAGAUCUAGUAGUACAUGUACUUUACUCAAGUCUUUAGCUUUGUCAGACAAGUCUGAAACUAACAAUUGCUCACAAAAUGUGUGUCCCAGUUUAGUAUGUACUUGUGUCUUAGCACAGUGACGACUGUAUUGUUUUCAACUGCGAGAUAUGCGAAUGCGUCGUAUUUCUUGGGUAUCGGCCUGCUCUCGUGUUGAGUUUGUUCAAGGAUGAAACAUGAGCUCUGAUGAUAAAACCUGUUAUUGCCUGGGAGCCAAAACAGAUGACUCGUUCCAGUGUCGUCUCUGCCGUCAGUUCUUCCACGUUGCCUGUCUCCGUGCAUCAGUUCCAGCUCGACUGCCGUACGGCGACGUGUUCUUCAACUUCACCUGUGCUAAAUGCUCGUCCGGGGAUGAGCUCGUCGUGCGACAAAACCUGAGCUGGGUGACCGUUCUUCACUUGGCUCUGUACAACUUGAUACGGAUUGGGAACAGGCACAGCCAUGGCUUUUUCCGCUGGCGGGACGAGAUCUGCGAGUACGUCCAGCAAAACUGGAGCAUCCUUCUUCCUGAGAGGAAGGUAACAAACGCAUGGCACAACACUGUUGCCGGUGUGCUGUCCGUGAAUGCACCGCACAUCUUCCGCAGUGGCGUCAAGGAGCUCACCGAGUCUGGCUGGUGGUCUCUGACCGAGGUGAAGGCGCCAGAGUUCAAGCUUGAACUUGUCUCUAAAGUCUCAUCCACAAAGAAGAGGAAACACGCGGAAAGCGAUGGCGAUCACGCUAAGCGACAGCUGCGUGCCACGGACGCAGGGGACUAUGACCGUAGUGCAGGCGUUACGGGCCCGUCGUCUGUUGCAGCCAGCUUGCCAUCAACCGGCUUUGCAUCGCCCUUGAUCGAUCCUCUGGACGAUCGCAACAGCCUCGAUUACCCGCGUCUGGCCUCGGAACGUCUUCAGCUUCUCUCCAGCACGAGCCAAGCCACAUCACCUACGGCUCAGACUUGUCCGUUGGAGGCUAUUCUCCCCAGACAGGUUGUUGCAGCCAAUCCAUCAUCAUUAUUCCCCCAUCAGGAGCGUCAUCUUCUCAACCUGCUCACAACUCAAUAUGAACUGGCUACGAGGCGAAACGUGAAGGCACGGCGACUUGUGGCCAAGCUUCGUCUCAGACAACGAAAGCGUGAUUUAGGAUUGCCGUUACUCAAUGUGGAUGAGGCUCUCCUGACUGCUCAGAAGAUAUCUGUCAUGCCAGAGGAGAUGACACCCAGUGAAAUGGCAUUGGCAUUGGCACCUCAGGCAACUCCUCAGUCUCAAGAACCAACGGCAAAGGCAUUACCGAAACCACUGCAUGCCAGAGGCCUCGGAGCUCACGAACUUCUCGACCGCUUCAGGAUUGUGUUACCAGAAUCGGAAUGCAUGGAUCCUGCCGUUUCCGUGCCUUUCGCAUAUCGACUCACUGGCUGUCUGGAUCUCUCUCGGCAGGAGCCCUUUGUCAGCCCGUUUACAGCAAGAUACCUGAAGCCGUUCAUUCGUCGAGACCACGAGACUCGGCCACUGCGAGUUAAACUGCUUGAGGAACUGAUGGCGAAAACUAACGCAAAGCUGCCUGUAGCUGAACGAACACAGCGCAAGAAAGUCCCGAUUGAUUAUUGCUACGUGCGGCCGCAUCACAUCCCGGCAGUGAACUCGCUCUGCAGUCACUUCUUCUGGCCUGGCAUUGAUUUAACGGAGUGUCUCCAGUAUCCCGACUUCAGUAUUGUUGUGCUAUACGGCAAACUGGUGAUCGGCUGCGCCUUCAUGACCCCGGAUGUCAAGGAGAACGAAGCCUACAUCUCCUUUCUGCUCGUCCAUCCGGAGUGGCGCAACGCGGGCAUCGGUACCUUCCUCUUAUACCAUCUGAUUCAGACUUGGAUUGGUAAAGAUGUGACACUGCAUGUUUCCGCAACCAAUCCUGCCAUGCUGCUGUUCCAGAAAUUUGGCUUCAAGGGCGAUGAGUGCAUUCUAGAUUUCUAUCACCGCUACCAACCAUCGUGGAAGACGGACUCGCGGCAUGGGUUUUUCAUGCGACUGAGCCAAUAGUGAUUUCCUGUGUGUGUGUGUGUGUGUGUGUGUGUGUGUGUGUGUGUGUGUGUGUGUGUGUGUGUGUGUGUGUGUGCCUGUCUGUCUGUCUGUCUGUCUGUCUGUCUGUCUGUCUGUCUGUCUGUCUACCUGUGUGUAUGUGUCUGUGUAUGUGUCUGUAUAUGUGUGUCUGUGUGUUCACAUGAAAGUGUGUGUGUGUAUCUGUGUGUGCAUUUGUGUGUCUGUGCACCCAUACACUCAUGCGUGCAUAUCCGUGUGUCUAGAUGACACUUCAAAGCUCAUCUUCAUCUUACUUCAUUACCAUGAUUACUAGUACUAAUUGCUGACUUAUCACCCUGAAAUUCAAGCUUUACAUUUGGUCACAUAAUCAUAAUAACAAUAAAGUUGCCCAGUCAAUCUUGCUGACAGCAACCAGUAGAAUAUUGCAGGAAUGUCAUUCGUAAUCUAGCUAUGCUGUACAUGUAUUUACGCUGUAAUGCUAUUGUUAAGUUCAUGGCUGAGACUGUUUUUAUGUUGUCUGUUUUUAUCCAGUAUCACACCAUGCCCUGAUUUAUCAUGUACUGUACCUGCUGCGCAGAGUUACGGAAAGAAUUUGGUCUGUUGUUGUUGCCUUCGCGUAGCUGCUGUGCGUAGAUUUAUGAGGAAUGAUUAUAAUUUGGUGAAUUAGGCUGGCCUCAUUUUCACUUAUUCACAUCAUCCAGUACAUGUAAGUUACUAUAAUGUA